ACAUAAUGACCGAUCCAGAUUCCUACCGCAGCUCCAUCACCUCUCGCCCAUCAUUCAACCGCACUGUUACCAGCAGUAGUCAAAACUAUGGAGCACCAGGAUCAGGGAAUCGUGUGCUGAAGAUUGUCACCGAAACUCACUCUUCCUCAGUUUCAAGUGGACUCUCCCCAUACGGACAGAAUGCUGCGUCCACCAUCCGAGACAACCGUGAGCGUGAAAAGAAAGAAAUCAUGGAGCUCAAUGAUCGUUUGGCUAGCUACAUUGAGAAGGUCAGAUUCCUUGAUGCUCAGAACAGAAAGUUGGAUGCCGAUCUGAAGAUGCUCCAAGGAAGAUUUGGAAAAAGUACCGGAUCUGUGAAAGUUAUGUAUGAGAUGGAGAUCACCACUGCCACCAAUGUUGUCAAGCAGACAGGAAAGGAUCACGGAGAGACUGAAAAGGAGAUUCGUAAGCUUCAGGAUCAACUCGACGAGUUGCGAAAGAAGUUUGAAGAGGCCCAAAGAGGGCGUGCUGAAGAUCGUUUGAAGAUUGAUGAUCUUUUGGUUACCCUUUCCAACCUCGAAGCCGAGAUCAACCUUCUCAAGAGACGCAUCGCCCUCCUUGAGGAAGAAGUUGCUCGCCUGAAAAAGGAAAACUUCCGGCUCACAUCUGAACUCCAACGUGUUCGCAUUGAGCUCGACCAGGAAACCCUUCUUCGUAUCGACAACCAAAACAAGGUGAAGACUAUUCUGGAGGAGAUUGACUUCAUGAAGAGAGGAUUUGAGACUGAGCUCAAGGAGCUUCAGGCUCAAGCUGCUCGUGACACCACUAGUGAAAACCGCGAGUACUUCAAGAAUGAACUCGCUAAUGCUAUGCGUGACAUUCGUGCCGAGUAUGACCAGAUCAUGAAUGGAAACCGUAAUGACAUGGAAUCCUGGUACCAGUUGAGAGUUCAAGAGAUCAAUACUCAAUCCAACCGCCAAAACGCGGAGAACAACUAUCAGAAAGAGGAGGUGAAGAGACUCCGCAAUCAAACUUCCGAGCUCCGCCAAAAGCUUUCUGAUUUGGAAUCAAGGAAUCUUCUUCUUGAGAAACAAAUCGAAGAUCUCAACUACCAGCUCGAGGAUGACCAAAGAUCCUACGAAGCUGCCCUCAAUGACAAGGAUGCACAAAUCCGCAAGCUCCGUGAAGAAUGCCAAGCUCUCAUGGUCGAGCUCCAGAUGCUCCUUGACACUAAACAAACCCUUGAUGGGGAGCUCAAGGUUUACAGACAAAUGUUGGAAGGUAAUUCUGAAGGAAAUGGGCUUCGGCAACUUGUCGAGAAGGUCGUCCGCACAUCUGCAAUCAAUGAAGAGGCUGACACCGAAACGAUGCGCGUAGUCAAAGGAGAACACUCCAGCAGAACAUCUUAUCAACGUUCAGCUAAAGGAAAUGUGGCGAUCAAGGAAACCUCCCCAGAAGGCAAAUUUGUCAUUUUGGAAAACACACACAGAGCCAAAGAAGAGCCACUCGGAGACUGGAAGCUUAAGAGAAAGAUCGACGGAAAACGCGAGAUCGUCUUCACCUUCCCAUCCGACUACAUCCUCCACCCAUUCCAAUCUGUCAAGAUCUUCGCCCGCGGACAAGGAAUCGCCAAUCCUCCAGAAGUGCUCAUUUUCGAAGGUGACGAAACAUUCGGUGUUGGCGCCAACGUUCAAACAAUCCUUUACAACAAUAAGGGAGAGGAGCGCGCGACACACAUCCAACGUCAAAGCCAACAAACGACAUCUUCCUAAAUCUAGCUUUUUGCUUGAGCUAUUUACUGUUUUCUUCUCUUUGUACCAGAAAUCUGAACCCCAACUCUUUGCUGCCUGCCUGUUUGCAUUUUUUCCGUUUGCUAUAUACUUUUUCACUUUUUUGUUUCUUUUUCCUCCGGUAACUUACUCAUUUUCAACAAUAAAUACUUUAUACAGAUCAAAAAAUUGCCA